UCUCCGCCGUGAACCCUCAGGUGAACUUUGAGGGUUUCCGCCCUACCAGACCCCAAACGUUCUAAAUAAACUUUCUGUAGUCACUGAGCACAGUGGUUGGUUGUUGCCACUUCAGCAUCGUUUCCCCCACGUGGAGGUGUUUUGACCCCCAUGCGUGGGAGACGCAAGCCGAGGAAAAUCCGGACACGCUGGCGUUUCGGUGCAUUUGGGAGAGCGCAGAGCGAUUCAUGUCGACGUCAUUGCUCUCUUUCACAGAUGAUUUCGUCUUGAGUUCACUAGGGCAACACAUGCAAGCUGCCGAGUGGACCGCGACGUCACCGGUCGGCGGUGCCUGCGUCUCUCCCAAGAUGCAUGGACAUAAUUUAUCGCCUCCCACCCUGGAAACAUGUGAAGAAGACCCCUCUACCACACCGUUUUCCAACAGCAACCAGAUCUCGGAGCAAGACUUUUCCUGCCACUGCUGUUUCGAUGUCCUGGUGAACCCCACCACCUUGACGUGCGGCCACAACUAUUGCCGCCACUGCCUGGCCUUGUGGUGGGAGUCCUCUCGCAAGAACGAGUGCCCCGAGUGCCGCCAGAGGUGGGAGGGUUUUCCCAAAGUCAACACACUGCUGAGAGCCGCAACCGACAAGUUGUUCAGUGAGGUCGUGCAGCGGAGGCGAGCAGAGAUCCAAGAUGACCCCAAAAUCUCCCGAAUUCUUCUGGCUUUUGAGAGGUAUGGUGACAAUCUGGGCAAAUCGAGGACGAAGCAGAACAAAGUAGCCGGCUUCGUUUUCUCUGCAGUUAUUGCCGUGCUCUUUUGUGUGGUGGCGUCGUUGUUGUUGUACCAGUGGAGCAGCAGCCGUGACGUGGCGCAAGAGGAAUUGUUUGUCAGUCGAUCUGCCUUGCAAUGGACGCCGGCGGAAAUGAUCUUGUGGCUGGAGACCGUGGGACCUGAACUGUCUCGCAAGUCCUUCCAGUCGGGGAGUCCCAGUGAAAGGUUACUGAUGUUGCUGGAGGAGAAAGAGUUGUUGAAGCCGCCUUACCACCUCCAGAAUCAGGCUUACCGACAUGCCAUCCUAAGUGAACUGUACCGACUUCAAGCCAUUGAGCUCAGACCUCAGAACCUGUGGGAAUACAAGGCAGUCAAUUCAGGGAAGUCUCUGUUCCUGCUGUACGCCAUGAAGCGCUCCCCACGCUUGACGCUCUUCUACUUGUACUUGUUUGACUAUUCGGAAACCUUCUUGCCCUUCCUGCGCACAUGCUGCUCGUCCAUCGCGUCGGCCAGUCAACCGGUGGAAAGUCUGCCCUUCAAUGCACAGAUGGAACCCAACUGGCAACAGUGGAGUGAGUUCAUGGUCAAGUACUUCCUGCUCCCGUACCAGCUGAUAGCGGAGUUUGCCUGGGACUGGCUGUCCGUCCACUACUGGACGUCUCUCUUCGUCAUCGUCCAUGCGAUGUUGCUGUCAAUGUUGGAAUGCUGCUCACUGUGGAGGCUCUGCACCACGGCUAGAAUCAGGUCACUCCCGGAUAUGAUGUGGAACCAUGUGUGGACGAUGUUCUCUCAGGGACUUGCUUUCGGCCUCAUGUGGCCUCUGGUGCCACAGCUGGUCUGCAACUGCCUCUUCUACUGGGCCCUCUAUGUCAGCCCCCUCAUGAACAUCGAGCUGUUGGUGCGGCAACUGAGGCACCGGGGAACGGCGGUGCAUUAAUGUAGGACGGACACUCCUAAAUCCAGCAACAUCUGUUGGAUUCUCACUUUUUUUUCCCUCACGUGUUAAUGCACAUGCAGCGGGUUCAUUUUACUGCGUGAAGUUCGUCUUUAUUCUGGCCGUCUAUGUGCCGGAUGAUAUUGGGUGAGAGUGACAGAAUGACGAUGGCAGAGCUCCAUGUUGCCCACACGGACUGGCAUGAGGACACUCUUUUUUCUGAUGCAUAUGCCGAUGGUUAAGCUCAGUUUUGGUGUGUUCUGGUCAAAGUUGCGCUUCUUCAAGACGAACAAGUGUGUUUCAAUAUGUUCUAAUGUUUUUUGUUUGGGUUUUUUUUUGUUUUUUUUAGAUGUUUUUUUUUAUUGCAAUGUAUAUGUUUCUUGAAAUUUAACACAUCUCUACAACAAGACUCCCAAGAGUAAUAAUUUAGAAAAAACAUUCCAGAAUAGUUUUGCUUUUACCACGAACAAAGGAAGCAUUGCACAUUUUUAAUAAACGCAGAAGAAUGCAUAUUCCUGUUUCAUGAAAGUCUUUUUCAGAGACCCCUCGAUUUUGUGUUUAUUUGCACUUAAUGUUCAACACUGUGAUAUUUUUUUUAACUUGCAUCAUUUUUAUGAGAUUAAAGAAAUACUGUGGAAGAUGUAA